UAUUAUUUUUGCUUGUAUUUGCUGUGAUGGUAUUUUCUAGAACCAUGUUUAUGAUUUCAGUCUCCUGUUCAGGAGACAGAAAACGUUCCCGACCACCUCAUCUUGUUGAAAGAAAACCAAAAAGGAUGGAGGGAGAUAUUAUGAGGAAAGAAGAGGCUGUGAGAGAACCACUGCGUGGUUUACAAAAAGGGGAAGUGAAAAGUAAGGAUUCUAGUUUACCUGAGUGUGCAAAACUGGGCGGCAGCGAGCCCAUAGCCUUGCACUCAGAUGGUGAUGUAGUGAUUGGAGGAUUUUUCCCUCUGCAUUAUGUUGCAUCUAAGCCAGAGUACAGCUACAACAGCAAACCUCAAGUUACAUCUUGCAGUGGCCUUUACCACACCGCGUUUCACUGGAUGAUGACCAUGAUUUUCGCUGUGGAUGAAAUUAAUCGUAAUUCAAGCCUAUUACCAGGUGUUAAACUAGGCUACAGAAUUAUGGACAGCUGUGACCAUGUCCACACCAGUCUGCGAGCACUUUUUUCCUUAAUCAGUUACUCCAAAACUGUGAAAAAAACAGCAGAAACUGAAAACAGCAGAAUUCAAAUGGAGGGAUUAAACAUGGCAGGGAUGAAAAGGAAGCCUGGGAUCAUAUCCUCAGCAGAAAAAAGACAUGCUGAAGUUAACAUGCCAAAGCCUAGGGGUCUUAAAGAUGCAGAAAAUUACAUGAAAGAAAAAUUAACAGUAGAAAUAAAGACAAGGGAGUCUUCCACAUGUCUGAAUUAUUCUCCGGUGCCUGCUGUGAUUGGUCUCGCAUCAUCCACCCCUACAAGAGCUGUAGCUCACACGCUUGGCCCUUUCAACAUACCACUGGUGAGUUAUUUUGCCACCUGUACCUGUCUUACUGAUAAGCAUUUGUACCCAUCAUUCUUGAGAACUGUGCCAAGUGAUCUCUUUCAAGUUAGAGGUCUCGUAAAGCUUGUCACUUUCUUUAGCUGGUUCUGGGUGGGCACAAUAGGAGCUACGGACGAUUACAGUCUUUAUGGUAUCCAAGCAUUCUCUAUUCAGUUUGGACAACAAGGUGGGUGUGUGGCAUUUCAUCUCACAAUCCCAACAUCACCCACAGUGGCUGAGAUACAAAAAAUGGCAGACAAACUCCAGAGGUCAACCGCUCGGGUUGUGGUGGUGUUUGCCAAAGACGUACAUUUGCUAGAUUUGUUUUUAGAACUUACUCGGAGAAAUAUGACAGGGAUACAGUGGGUAGUCAGCGAAGCCUGGAUGACCGCUAGUCAGCUAACUACUCCUGACUUCCAUAAUCUUCUAGAGGGAACACUGGGUUUCUCCUUCCCUGGAGUCAGCAUCCCUGGCUUGAAAGAGUUUCUUCUGAAUGUCCGACCAUCCCCCAAGCCAGGGAUGGAGCUUGUCAAUAUGUUCUGGGAAGAAUAUUUUGGUUGUAAGCUAGAGUUUGAAAGAGACAGAAGUGAAGAAUAUGAAACUAAUAUUGUGAAAAACUACAAACUAGGUUCUCAAAACAAUUCUGGUUUCACGGUUGGGCUUACUGUUGGACAAAAAAUAUUGUUUAAUAUAUCAGUUGAUAAAAAUAAUGAAGGUGCUGUGAAAAAAACUGUAUGCACAGGAUCAGAGGAUCUGAGUUACACGGAUAGCAGUUAUAGUGAUGUAUCUCAGGUCCGAAUAUCCUAUAAUGUGUAUAAAGCUGUGUAUGCCGUUGCCCAUGCUCUGCACACUUUCUUAAACUGUAAUUCAACAGGACCUAGCGGGGGAUUGUGUGAGAUGCACAGCUCAUUUACAAAUGGUCAGUUUCUUCAAUUUCUGAAAAUGGUGAAUUUCACCAACCAGUUUGAUGAGAAAGUAUAUUUUGACUCCAAUGGAGAGCCAGUCCCUCUCUAUGACAUCAUUAAUUGGCAGAAGGACAGCAAAAAUGAAAUUAGUUUUGUCAAGGUAGGAAGUUAUGAUGGUUCAGCUCAGCAAGGACAACAGCUGCAGAUAUUGAAGAACACUAUAGUGUGGACAACAAGACAGUCACAGGUUCCUGUAUCUCAGUGUAGUGCUCCAUGUCCCCCUGGCAGCAGGCAGGCCACACGGCAAGGAGAGCCCAAAUGCUGCUUUGAUUGUUUGCCCUGUGCAGAUGGAGAGAUCAGCAACCAGACUGGUUCCACUGAAUGCAUCAAAUGUCCUGAGUACUUCUGGUCAGACAAAGAAAAAGUGAAAUGUGUUGCAGGGGAAGAAGAAUUCCUGUCUUUCAAUGACACCAUGGGUAUCAUCCUGGUAGCAAUUACCUUGCUGGGUUUCAUACUAACCACCAUCAUCACCAUUGUGUUUCACAGUUUCCGCUAUACACCCAUUGUCAAGGCCAACAACUCAGAAAUAAGUUUCUUGCUUCUCCUGUCACUCAAGCUCUGUUUCCUGUGUUGUCUGGUGUUCAUUGGUCAGCCGUCUUGGUGGACAUGUAGGCUCCGCCAGACAGCAUUUGGGAUCAGCUUUGUCCUGUGUUUGUCCUGCCUCCUUGUUAAGACCAUUGUGGUCCUCCUGGCUUUCCACACUAAUGUACCUGCUUCCAGGGGUCGGAUGCUGUUUGGUACAUCCCAGCAGAGGAUUUUGAUCUUGUGCACUACAGCUCCUCAGAUUUUUCUCUCUACUGGCUGGGUGUUGGGUGCACCUCCCUUUCCAUUUAGGAAUUCAAACUACCAAGCUAUAACUGGAAAAAUUGUUGUGGAGUGUAAAGAUCCAUGGCCUCCUGGAUUCUACCUGCUCCUUGGUUACAUCGGCCUCCUGGCCUUUGUCUGUCUUCUCCUGGCAUUCCUUGGAAGAAAGCUACCGGACACAUUCAACGAAGCAAAGCUCAUCACCUUCAGCAUGCUGAUUUUCUGGGCUGUGUGGAUUUCUUUCAUUCCAGCUUAUGUCAGCUCUCCUGGGAAAUUUUCUGUGGCAGUGGAAAUAUUUGCUAUCUUAGCAUCCAGUUUUGGGUUGUUACUUUGUAUUUUUGUGCCUAAAUGUUACAUUAUUUUACUGCACCCUGAGAGGAAUAUUAAGAAAGGCAUGACUGGAAAAAAUCCAAGAUGAACAUUUAUAUUUUGCAUUUUUUCAGAGUUAAUAAUUUAUCACUUUAUUAUAUUUUAAUCUGAAACUAAAUAAAAUACCACAUGACAUGUGUUUUCCCCCCUAAUACUUAUCUUAUUCAAUUACUUGUGACUCCAGUUGCAAAAAGCUUAUACCUCAUCUGUAAUGUAAUGUGGACUUUAGUGUACUCAGUUCUUUAGGGGGCAUUUUACAAAUGUUUGAUAAGCUGAAGAAAAGCAUUAAGGAAAGUUGCAAAUAUCCCUCAAAUUUUCCCUCUUUUUCAUUCAAUAAUGCCUCACGUUGAUAAAGUUAGCUGCUUAUGGUGCAUGGGUUUUGAACAUUCAUAUUACUGUCACAGUCAAAAUUUUCCUGAUUCCCCUAUCACAUGAGAAAACCCUUUGCCUAGUGUUAAGUUCCACAGCCGUACUCUCAUCAGCCAUGUAUGGAAGCUUUGCUCCCUCUGUAAAGAAAGAAAGAAAGAGAGAUUCUUUCAGGUCCCUUGGGUUGCAACAGUGGAUGGAACCACAUAUUUGAUUCAGGACUUGUUUACACAUUGGAUAUUCUUCCUAACACAACUCUCCCACUGUGUCUACUGCCAGUCUAGAACCUUCUCCUUGUUAGGCAAAUGCAUUGUAAGAUCUUUACCUUAAACUACAAAGCGCCUUGAGGCAUUGUGAAAACUGAACUUAACUGAAUUGAAUUGAAUAUGUAACACUGUGGAACCAAUUAAUGAAUCAAUACAUACAUACAUGCAGUGCUUAAA